ACCCGGGUUUGAGGGGCUCGUGCUUUCGUCUCUGCGCUAUGGCGGCAGGGAGGACUCUCUGCGUCGUGCAGCUGCUCCUAGGUUCCAUGCCACUGUGGCUCUCGCUUCUCGGCGCCACGACGGCCUCCGCGUCCAAGGCGGUGACGGCCCGCUUGGCCGCUAAGUGGCCCGAGACCCCGUUGCUCCUGGAGGCGAGUGAAUUUAUGGCAGAAGAAAGUAAUGAGAAAUUUUGGCAAUUUCUGGAAACUGUACAAGAAUUAGCAAUUUAUAAGCAAACAGAAUCAGAUUAUUCUUACUACAAUUUAAUCCUGAAGAAAGCUGGACAAUUCCUAGACAAUUUGCACAUCAACCUCUUGAAAUUUGCUUUCUCUAUAAGGGCAUACUCUCCGACUGUUCAGAUGUUUCAGCAGAUUGCAGCUGAUGAGCCACCACCAGAUGGCUGUCACGCAUUUGUGGUCGUCCAUAAGGAGCACACCUGUAAAACUAAUGAUAUUAAAAAGCUUCUGAAGAAGGCCACUUCAAGGCCCAGACCUUACCUUUUUAAAGGUGAUCAUAAAUUUCCUACGAACAAAGAAAACUUACCAGUGGUUAUUCUCUAUGCAGAAAUGGGUACCAGAAUCUUUGGUAAAUUUCACAAAGUAUUGUCUGAAAAAGCUCGCCGUGGAGAAAUUCUGUAUGUUCUUCGACAUUAUAUUCAGAAACCGAGCUCACGGAAAAUGUACUUAUCUGGCUAUGGUGUGGAGCUAGCAAUAAAGAGUACAGAAUACAAAGCGCUGGAUGAUACCCAAGUUAAAACUGUGAAUAAUACUGUAGAAGAUGAGACUGAAGCAAGUGAAGUUCAAGGAUUUCUCUUUGGGAGACUAAAGGAAAUACAUUCAGAGCUUAGAGAUAACCUGACGGCAUUCCAAAAAUACUUGAUUGAGAGUAACAAGGAAAUGAUGCCUUUGAAAGUCUGGGAACUGCAAGAUCUUAGUUUUCAAGCAGCUUCUCAAAUAAUGUCCACUCCAGUUUAUGAUGCCAUAAAAUUAAUGAAAGACAUUUCACAGAACUACCCUGUAAAAGCAAGAUCACUGACCAGAAUUGCUGUAAAUCAACAAAUGAGGGAGGAAAUACAGGAAAAUCAGAAGGACCUUCAAGAUAGAUUUGAUAUUCACCCAGGUGAUACUCGUCUGUAUGUAAAUGGACUUCAUAUUGACACAGAUGUGUACGAUCCUUUCAGUAUUUUGGAUAUGCUGAAAUUAGAAGGAAAAAUGAUGAGUGGCCUUCAAAACCUUGGGAUCAAUGGAGACGAUAUGAUCAGAUUUUUAAAAUUAAAUACACAUACUUGGGAAUACAACUAUGCAUUAGAUAUUCGGCAUUCUUCUAUAAAGUGGAUUAACGACUUAGAGUAUGACGAUUUGUAUGUUACGUGGCCUGCAAGUUGCCAGGAACUUUUGGAGCCAGAAUUCCCUGGCAGCAUACCUUCCAUAAGGCGUAAUUUUCAUAAUUUGGUUAUGUUUAUUGAUCCUGCUCAAGAAUAUACCUUGGAUUUUAUAAAACUGGGUCGAUUAUUCUAUCAUCAUAAAAUUCCUCUUAGAAUUGGUUUAGUGUUCAUUCUUAAUACAGACGAUGAAGUGGAUGGAACAGACGAUGCUGGAGUCGCUCUUUGGCGAGCUUUCAACUAUAUUACAGAAGAACUUGAUGUAUCGCAAGCAUUUAUUUCCAUAGUACAUAUGUAUCAAAAAGUGAAGAAUAAAAAAAUACUCACUGUGGACAAUGUAAAGAGUGUUCUCCAAACUAAAUUUCCUCAUGCUAAUGUUUGGGAUAUUUUGGGAAUUCAUUCUAAAUAUGAUGAAGAAAGAAAGGCAGGAGCAAGCUUUUAUAAGAUGUCUGGUCUGGGUCCUUUGCCUCAAGCGCUUUAUAAUGGUGAGCCCUUCAGACGUGAAGAGAUGAAUCUCAAAGAUCUAGAAAUGGCUGUUCUUCACAGAAUGAUGGACACAUGCAUAUAUUUACAAAGGGAAGUUUCUAUGGGUACAUUAAAUGAUCAAAUGAAUGUAAUUAAUUUUCUUAUGGAUAAGAAUACUGUUGUACCCCGUAUGAAUUCUUUGAUUUUACACACCAAACCACGGUACCUUAAUUUAAUACCUACAUCAGUAACUGCCGAUGUUGAAGAUUUCGCUACUUUCUUUUUCUUGGAUUCGCAAGAUAAGAGUGCUGUAAUUGCCGAAAACAUGUAUUACUUAACCCAAGAAGGUGGUGAUGUAGUGUCUUCAGUGACUCUCUGGAUUAUUGCCGAUUUUGACAAACCAUCCGGGAGAAAACUGCUUUUUAAUGCCUUAAAGCACAUGAAAAGAAGUGUUCACAGCCGUUUGGGAGUUAUUUAUAAUCCUACGUCAAAAAUAACUGAAGAGAAUACAGCCAUUUCCAGAGGAAUUUUGGCAGCUUUUCUUACACAGAAAAAUGAGCAUUUGAGAAGCUUUCUCAGGAAACUGACAAAGGAAGAUAUUGCUGCAGCUGUUUACUCUGGGGGUAAUAUUAAAUCAUUCCUUAUUGAGGGAAUGGAUAAGAAUGCUUUUGAAAAAAAAUACAAUACCAUUGGAGGGAAUAUUUUCCAAACUCACCAGUUGUUCUGUCAAGACGUGCUUAAAUUGGGUCCUGGGGAAAUAGGCGUUGUCAGCAAUGGAAAGUUCCUAGGACCUUUACGUGAAACUUUCUAUGCAGAAGAUUUUUACUUGUUGGAAAAAAUAACUGUUAAUAGUUUAGUAGAGAAGAUUAAAGGCGUUGUUAAAAACAUGGAAAUCAACUCAAAGAACAUGAGUGACCUUGUUAUGAAAGUUGAUGCCCUCGUUUCAUCUUUGCCUAAACGUGUAUCUCGGUAUGAUGUCACAUUUCUUAAAGAGAAACACAGCAUCAUAAAGAUAAAUCCUCAAGAAGAUGAUAUGUUCUUUGAUGUCAUUGCUAUUGUUGAUCCAUUGACAAGAGAAACACAGAAGAUGGCACAGCUACUAAUUGUACUUGACAAGAUUAUCAACAUGAAGGUAAAGUUGUUCAUGAACUGUAAGGGUAAGCUUUCAGAAGCCCCUUUAAAGAGCUUUUACCGUUUUGUUCUGGAACCAGAACUGAUGCCAGGGGGCAAUGACAUUCACUCUGUUGGACCAGUGGCAAAAUUCCUGGAUAUCCCUGAAUCACCCCUUCUAACCCUAAACAUGAUUACUCCAGAAGGCUGGUUGGUUGAAACAGUACACAGCAACUGUGACCUUGAUAAUAUUCACUUAAAGGAUGUUGAGAAAACUGUUAGAGCAGAGUACGAGCUGGAGUACCUGCUACUUGAAGGACAUUGCUUUGAUACAAGGACAGAACAACCCCCUCGGGGUCUGCAAUUUACACUAGGCACGAAAAAUAAACCUGUUGUGGUUGAUACAAUAGUGAUGGCCAAUCUUGGAUAUUUUCAAUUAAAAGCAAACCCAGGUGCUUGGAUACUGAAAUUACGCCAAGGAAAAUCUGAGGAUAUUUAUCAAAUAGUUGGGCAUGAAGGAACUGACUCUCAAAGAGACUUCGGAGAUGUCAUUGUUGUAUUAAACAGCUUCAAAAGCAAGAUACUGCAAGUGCAGGUGCAGAAAAAGCCAGACAAAAUUGAGGAAGAUAUCCUAACCGAUAAAGAUGAAAAAAAGAAAGGAAUGUGGGACUCCAUUAAAAGUUUCACAAUAAGGUUGCAUAAAGAAGACAAAAGGGAAGCAGAUGUUCUAAACAUUUUUUCAGUUGCUUCUGGCCAUUUAUACGAGCGCUUUUUAAGAAUUAUGAUGCUUUCUGUUUUACGGAACACCAAGACACCAGUGAAGUUUUGGUUUCUAAAAAAUUAUCUCUCACCAACAUUUAAAGAAGUAAUUCCUCACAUGGCUAAGGAGUAUGGAUUCCAAUAUGAACUAGUCCAAUAUAGAUGGCCCCGUUGGCUUCAUCAACAGACUGAAAAGCAAAGGAUUAUUUGGGGUUACAAAAUUCUUUUCCUUGAUGUCCUUUUUCCUCUGGCAGUGAACAAAAUCAUUUUUGUUGAUGCUGACCAGAUUGUGAGACAUGACCUAAGAGAACUUCGAGAUUUAGAUCUGGGUGGAGCCCCGUACGGGUAUACCCCGUUUUGUGAUAGCCGCACUGAAAUGGAUGGAUAUCGUUUCUGGAAAACAGGAUACUGGGCAUCACAUCUUUUAAGAAGGAAAUACCACAUCAGUGCCUUAUAUGUAGUGGAUCUCAAGAAGUUCAGGAAAAUUGCAGCAGGCGACAGGCUCAGGGGCCAGUACCAAGCUCUCAGUCAAGAUCCAAACAGUCUUUCAAACCUAGAUCAGGACCUUCCCAAUAAUAUGAUUUACCAAGUUGCCAUUAAAUCUCUUCCUCAAGACUGGCUGUGGUGUGAAACCUGGUGUGAUGACGAAUCUAAACAAAGAGCCAAAACAAUUGAUCUGUGCAAUAACCCGAAAACAAAGGAACCCAAACUAAAAGCUGCUGCCAGAAUUGUCCCAGAAUGGGUGGAAUAUGAUACUGAGAUACGGCAACUAUUAGAAAAUAUUGAAAACAAGAAGAAUAACGCAAUUUUGACCCACGAUGAACUCUAGCACUGGUUUGCAUGAGGAGAUGAGAGUGUGCAAGAAGUCUGCCACCUGCUGGGAAAGCAUGGAACU